AAAUGGACGGCAUAGACAUUGGGGAACUCAGAAACGAACCGAACCGCCAUCAUGGAGGUUCUCCGCAAAUUUUUGCUGCUUUGUGCAGUACUAUUCAGUGUAAAUACCUUUACGGCUGCAGAGCCCGUAUACUCGAAUGCCAUCACCAAUGAGUUGAGUUUGGGCAACUUGUUGUUCGAUGCCAUCACUGGAGAUUUGAUUAUUCCUGGUCUUGACAUCUUGAACAAUCUUGAUCAAUGUGUCGCAAAUUAUGUCUCGAAAGAUUUUGAGAUCUUAACCAGCACUGGCGCCAAGAUACUUCGUUGCAGUAAUCUGAAACGAAAUGUCCUUCAAAACUAUUUGCAACAGAGCAGCUCGUCGGGUGUGAAGACCUCCUUCAACCAACAGUCGGCUGCCUGUAAUUCCCACAGUUCCUGCUAUACCGAUCUGGUGAUGAACCUACUCGGCAGUGUGCAAAGUCUGGAAAAGAAUUAUGGACAAAUCCGUCAUUGCAUCCACAAGCAAAUUGAUAAAGCAGAAUUCCAUUUGAGAGUCGAGUACAUCAACUUGCAAAACUGUUUUUCUGGUAUAACAAACUUAAACGUUACAACUCCAGCACCGGGUACACCAGCCUGGAAUGUUACAAGCCCAGCACCCGGAACACCAAGUUGGAACUAUACCACUCCAGCACCAGGAACUCCAAGCUGGAACGUUACAACGCCAGCACCUGGAACACCAAGCUGGAAUGUCACAACCCCAGCACCCGGAACACCCAGCUGGAACGUUACAACCCCAGCACCUGGAACACCAAGCUGGAACGUUACAACCCCCGCACCGGGAACACCAAGCUGGAAUGAAACAACUCCCACCUGGGGCCCUCCAAUCUGGAAUAACACUACUCCCGGCUGGAACAACACCACCCCUGGCUGGAAUGAAACAACUCCCACCUGGAGCCCUCCAAUCUGGAAUAACACUACCCCCGGCUGGAACAACACCACUCCUGGCUGGAAUGAAACAACUCCCACCUGGAGCCCUCCAAUCUGGAAUAACACUACUCCCGGUUGGAACAACACCACCCCUGGCUGGAAUGAAACAACUCCCACCUGGAGCCCACCAAUCUGGAAUAACACUACCCCCGGCUGGAACAACACCACCCCUGGAUGGAAUGAAACAACUCCCACCUGGAGCCCUCCAAUCUGGAAUAACACUACCCCCGGCUGGAACAACACUACCCCUGGCUGGAACGAAACAACUCCCACCUGGAGCCCUCCAAUCUGGAAUAACACUACCCCCGGCUGGAACAACACCACCCCUGGCUGGAAUGAAACAACUCCCACCUGGAGUCCUCCAAUCUGGAAUAACACAACCCCCGGAUGGAAUGAAACAACUCCCACCUGGAGCCCACCAAUCUGGAAUAACACUACCCCCGGCUGGAACAACACCACCCCUGGCUGGAAUGAAACAACUCCCACCUGGAGCCCUCCAAUCUGGAAUAACACUACUCCCGGAUGGAACAACACCACCCCUGGCUGGAAUGAAACAACUCCCACUUGGAGUCCUCCAAUCUGGAACAACACCACCCCUGGUUGGAAUGAGACCACUACCACCUGGAGCCCUCCAAUCUGGAAUAACACCACUCCUUCCCCAAACUGGAAUGAAACUACCUGGAGCACACCAAGCUGGAACAACACCACCCCUGGCUGGAAUAACACCACUCCAGGAUGGAAUAACACGACUCCUACUCCCAACUGGAAUGAGACAACCUGGAGUACACCAAGCUGGAACAACACCACUCCUGGCUGGAAUAACACCACUCCUACUCCGAACUGGAAUGAAACAACCUGGAGCACACCAAUCUGGAAUAACACCACCCCCGGAUGGAAUAACACCACUCCUACUCCGAACUGGAAUGAGACAACCUGGAGCACACCAAGCUGGAACAACACCACCCCCGGCUGGAAUAACACCACUCCAGGAUGGAAUAACACCACUCCUACUCCGAACUGGAAUGAGACUACUUGGAGCACACCAAGCUGGAAUAACACAACUCCCGGAUGGAAUAACACCACUCCAGGAUGGAAUAACACCACUCCUACUCCGAACUGGAAUGAGACAACCUGGAGCACACCAAGCUGGAACAACACCACUCCUGGCUGGAAUAACACUACUCCUACCCCGAGCUGGAAUGAGACUACUUGGAGCACACCAAGCUGGAAUAACACAACUCCCGGAUGGAAUAACACCACUCCAGGAUGGAAUAACACCACUCCUACUCCGAACUGGAAUGAGACAACCUGGAGCACACCAAUCUGGAACAACACCACCCCCGGCUGGAAUAACACCACUCCAGGAUGGAAUAACACCACUCCUACCCCGAACUGGAAUGAGACUACUUGGAGCACACCAAUCUGGAACAACACCACCCCCGGCUGGAAUAACACCACUCCUGGCUGGAAUAACACCACUCCUACCCCGAACUGGAAUGAGACUACUUGGAGCACACCAAUCUGGAACAACACCACCCCCGGCUGGAAUAACACCACUCCUGGCUGGAAUAACACCACUCCCACUCCGAACUGGAAUGAAACAACCUGGAGCACACCAAUCUGGAAUAAUACCACCCCCGGAUGGAAUAAUACCACUCCCGGCUGGAAUAAUACCACUCCCUCGCCGAACUGGAAUGAGACCACCGUUAGCUGGAAUACCACCACCCCCGCCUGGAAUCAAACAACUCUGAGCUCGAACACCACCACUCCAAGCUGGAGUACUACCACUGAGGCUCCACAGACUACAACCACACAGAGCUGGUGGGACAAGCUUUGGCAUGACAUCUUCUAAAUGAUGCCAUCAGCGCUGUGGCAGCAGCAUUUUGAAACUCAGCACUGAGUUAACUAAGUAAUAAAUUGAUCAGCAUUAAAAUGUAUAUAGUAGAAUAAUCUUAAUUACGAGUAUGCCCAAGCGGGCCAAUGAAUGUCCAAUAAUAUGAUAAGUUAUCAGCUUCAAUUGCAAAGAA